GAGUGCAUCAGUUGAGGAGAGUGCCUCAGAGAGAAAAUGUCUGUUGUCGAGUCACUGCUGCAGUUUUCCAGCACAGGUACAUUACUGGGAGCUUUGCUGUUGCUUCUGGGUUUGUAUUUGCUUUCCUCUGGAUCCGAAUCUCAGAAAGAAGGGAAAGAGCCACCGGGACCCAAACCACUGCCGCUGUUGGGGAACCUGCUGACCCUUGACCUCACGAGACCCUUUGACACAUUUUUUGAGCUCUCCAAAACCUACGGGAACAUAUUCCAAGUGUUUCUGGGUCCUAAAAAAACUGUGGUCCUAGUUGGAUACAAAACCGUCAGAGAAGCUCUUGUGAAUCAUGCAGAAGAGUUCGGAGACAGAGAUAUUGCACCUAGUUUCAGGAUAAUGAAUGACAAACAUGGGAUCAUCUUUUCCAAUGGAGAGAACUGGAAAGAAAUGCGACGCUUCGCUAUCAGCAACCUUCGCGACCUUGGGAUGGGCAAGAGAGGAAGUGAAGAGAAAAUCAUAGAGGAAAUUCAGUAUCUGAAAGCAGAGUUAGAUAAGUUUGAAGGGAAACCCUUCAACACGACACAGCCUGUGAACUACGCUGUGUCAAACAUCAUCUCGUCUAUCGUGUACGGCAGCAGAUUUGAAUACACAGACCCUCGAUUCACUGAAAUGGUCAACAGAGCAAAUGAGAAUGUUCACUUUGCUGGAUCGACUUCUAUGAUGAUUUAUAAUAUAUUUCCUUGGUUGGGUCCAAUCAUAAAAAACAAAAGGAUUAUUGUAAACAAUAUUGUGCAAAGUAGACAACAUAUGACUAAGUUGAUCAAUGGACUUCUGGAGACUCUGAAUCCACAUGACAGCAGAGGAUUUGUCGAAUCCUUUCUCAUCCGCAAACAGAGCGACGAGCAAUCAGGCAAGAAAGACUCAUACUUUCACCAGGACAAUCUUAUGAUGUCUGUGACAGAUCUGUUUGUUGCUGGUACUGACACCACAGGAAUGACUCUACGCUGGGGUUUGAUGUUUAUGGCCAAAUACCCUCAUAUACAGGAUCGAGUUCAGGAGGAGAUUGACAGAGUGAUCGGUGGACGUCAGCCAGUGGUGGAAGACAGAAAGAAAUUACCGUAUACAGAUGCUGUGAUUCAUGAAACCCAGAGACUGGCAAACAUAAUACCCUUGAAUCUCCCGCAUAUGACCAGCUGUGACGUUACCUUCAAUGGAUACUUCAUCAAGAAGGGCACCACUGUAGUUCCUCUGCUGACAUCUGUUUUGAAGGAUCCAAACGAAUGGGAAAAACCAAACAGCUUUUACCCAGAACACUUCCUUGAUGAGAAGGGCCAGUUUGUGAAGAGAGAUGCUUUCAUGCCCUUUUCUGCAGGACGCAGGAUGUGUCUUGGAGAGAGUUUGGCCAGGAUGGAGCUCUUCCUGUUCUUCACCUCGCUCCUUCAGAGCUACCGCUUCACAACUCCACCUGGAGUGUCUGGAGAUGAGCUGGAUCUCAAAGGAGUAGUCGGAUUGACUUUGAAUCCAUCUCCACACAAGCUGUGUGCGAUCAGACGCUCCUGAAUGAAGAAAAUACGUUAGAAAUUUCCCGGUUCCGCCUAAUGGUUCCGGUUCCAUUAAAAUCAUUAAACAACUAUUCAAAAAUAGUGGUAAGGAAAAAUGCACAAUACUCAGCUACUCAAUGCUCAAUACUGUUUAUUACUUAAUUACUUAAUUUAAAGGUUGGCAAUGUCAAAAUUCAACAUAUAUAUUUCAGUAUACGGAUCUUCAUAAGUAAGGUUGGGUAUGGUUCGAAAUUUUCCAGUUCUAAUUCCGGUUCCAUUUAAAUUAACUAUUAUUAUGUUUUUUUUUUACUAUUUUACCUUCAUGGAAUGUAGUAUUGCUGGAAGGUAGUAAGUAAUGUUGAGUAAUGCUAGUCCAUCAAUCAGCAUGUGCUU